CUGGACGAAGCGACUUGGGGAGUUCGAGGCGGCGGGGCGGCGGCGGCGGCGGCGGCGACGACCCCCGGCGCGGACCCGACCCGGCCCGGCGCGGAAAGAAGGAAGUCGUGUUCGGGGGCCCCCCUGGGCGGCGGCGGCGGGGCGCGAUGUUGAACAUGUGGAAGGUGCGGGAGCUGGUGGACAAAGCCACCAAUGUGGUUAUGAAUUAUUCAGAGAUUGAGUCUAAGGUUCGAGAAGCAACGAAUGACGAUCCUUGGGGACCUUCUGGGCAACUCAUGGGAGAGAUUGCCAAGGCCACAUUUAUGUAUGAACAAUUUCCAGAACUUAUGAACAUGCUUUGGUCCCGAAUGUUAAAAGACAAUAAAAAGAAUUGGAGAAGAGUUUAUAAGUCACUGCUGCUCCUAGCUUACCUCAUAAGGAACGGAUCAGAGCGUGUUGUUACAAGUGCCAGAGAACACAUUUAUGAUUUGCGAUCCCUGGAAAAUUACCACUUUGUAGAUGAGCAUGGGAAGGAUCAAGGUAUAAACAUUCGCCAGAAGGUGAAAGAAUUGGUUGAAUUUGCCCAAGAUGACGACAGGCUUCGUGAAGAACGAAAGAAAGCUAAGAAGAACAAAGACAAAUACGUGGGGGUUUCCUCGGACAGUGUUGGAGGAUUCAGAUACAGUGAAAGAUACGAUCCCGAACCCAAAUCAAAAUGGGAUGAGGAGUGGGAUAAGAACAAGAGUGCUUUUCCAUUCAGUGAUAAAUUAGGUGAACUGAGUGAUAAAAUUGGAAGCACAAUUGAUGACACCAUCAGCAAGUUCCGGAGGAAAGACAGAGAAGAAUCUCCAGAAAGAUGCAGUGACAGUGAUGAGGAGAAGAAAGCAAGAAGAGGCCGAUCUCCCAAAGGCGAAUUCAAGGAUGAAGAGGAGACGGUGACGACCAAGCACAUCCACAUCACACAGGCCACGGAGACCACCACCACCAGGCACAAGCGCACCGCGCAUCCCUCCAAGACCAUCGACCUUGGAGCCGCAGCACAUUAUACUGGGGACAGAGCAAGUCCAGACCAGAACGCCUCGGCCCACACACCUCAGUCUUCAGCCAAGACUUCAGUGCCUAGCAGCAAAUCGUCUGGUGACCUUGUUGAUCUGUUUGAUGGCACGAGCCAGCCAACAGGAGGAUCAGCUGAUUUAUUUGGAGGAUUUGCUGACUUCAGUUCGGCUGCUGCAUUAGGCAAUCUCCCUUCCCAAGUGACGGCGACCAGUGGGAACGGAGACUUCGGUGACUGGAGUGCCUUCAACCAAGCGCCCUCGGGCCCCGCCGCCCCCAGUGCCGAGCUCUUUGGGGGGGCCGCCCCGCAGCCGGCCGCCGAGCUCGUCAGCAGUUCCCAGCCAGCCCUGGGCCCACCGGCAGCCGCCUCCAAUUCCGCGGACCUCUUCGACCUGAUGGGUUCCUCCCAGGCCACCAUGACGUCUUCCCAGAGCAUGAAUUUCUCCAUGAUGAGCACGAACACCGUCGGGCUGGGCCUGCCCAUGUCGAGAUCACAGCCUUUGCAAAAUAUUAGCACAAUGCUGCAGAAGCCUAAUCCUCUCUAUAAUCAGAAUGCAGAUAUGGUCCAGAAAUCGGUCAGCAAAACCCUGCCCUCGACGUGGUCUGACCCCAGCGUCAACAUCAGCCUAGACAACUUACUACCUGGUAUGCAGCCUUCCAAACCCCAGCAGCCAUCGCUGAAUACAAUGAUUCAGCAGAACAUGCAACAGCCUAUGAAUGUGAUGACCCAAAGCUUUGGCGCCGUGAACCUCAGUUCUCCAUCGAACAUGCUUCCUGUCCGGCCUCAGACUAACCCUCUCAUGGGGUCUCCCAUGCCCAUGGGCAUGCCCGGUGUGAUGACUGGCACCAUGGGCAUGGCCCCGCUCGGAAACAGCACGGUGAUGAACCAGAGCAUGAUGGGCAUGAACGUGAACUUGGGAAUGUCAGCGGCAGGGAUGGGCCUGACGGGCACCAUGGGAAUGGGCGUGCCCAACCUAGCAAUGACCUCGGGGACUCUGCCACCCAAGCAAGACGCCUUUGCGAAUUUUGCCAACUUUAGCAAAUAAGAGACGGAAAAAGGAGCAGAGCGAUGAAGGAUUAUUAGCCGUGCAGAUAGGUGAUGCUGGGGGUGGAAAAUGCUAAUCAACUCCCCUUUCUUGAUUUAUCAAUUAAUUCCAAUAAACCUGCAUAAAGAACCAAAAAAGGCUGUUUUCUAAAAGUGAUAUAUCUGUCAUUUCCGAUGGCCAGACAAGAGCACUUCAGACGAGACAGCUAGAAUCUCUUUCCCAGCGAGACCAGAGCAGAUGGGAUAGCGAGACCAGUGAAAGCCUUUCUAUAUAUCAAAUGCAGAGCCCAUUUUAACAUCAUAAUUUGUGGGAAGACUGGAAUAGGGCUGAAUAAAUGUUUGAAUCUCUAAUUUUAUACUUUUCCUUUUCCUGAGGAACUUGAUUUUUCUGUCCCUGAAUCUCCUUGUCAUAAUUGGGUCUGUUCCUUUUACUAUCACUUGAGUCCAUAUAUGAAAUCAUUAAAGUUGGAUGACCAGUUUUUUAUAAAAAUAUAUAUUUUUGUCCAAAAAAAAAAGGCAUACAUAUGUGAUUAUGGCUAAAUCAAAGGUAACUGGAAUGUAUAUACUUUUGCUAAUGUUCCAGCAACACUGCUAUUAUAAUACUAUCCAAAUUUUUAUUGUAACAAAUCUUUAAGCAAUUGGUGACAAUGCAACAGAACUUUUCACAUCUCUUCUGCUAUAAUUAUCCUCCGCGGAAGUAGGGAAAAAUAUUUUUUUUUCAGGACUGCUUAUGGUUUCCUUUAAACAUAAAAGGAAAAAUUUAAAAAUCCUCCAGUAUUUUCGUUUUUAGCAGUCAUGAUUUGCAAUUUGCAGUGAGUAACUUGGCAAGGGUUCCUUUCGUGUUUAUGCCAGGGGUCACCAUUAACAGUCAGGAACAGUCAAAGAGAAAAAUAUUUAUUUUUAUGCUUUUGGUGUCUUUUCCAGAAACUGAAAAGGUAAAAAUCCACUAAACUCUUAAGUUAAAUAUAAAAGUUAGAACUCCACAAUGGUGGCUUUUAGAUUUUUAUACAGUGUUUGGUUUGGUUUUGAAUGUAUAUAACACAGCAUUAGCAAUAUGGGUACAAUAGAAAGGAGUUACAUAUAUAUUAUUAAAGGAGACCUGUAGCAGUCAAAGAUUUUAUUGAUUUAAUGGCAAAUAAAGGAAGUUAAUUAAAAAAAAUUUUUUUUCCUGCUGUAAUUCUGCAUUAAGCUCACAUGAGAAUCAUGAUUCUAGAGUCUGGAAUGCAAAAAUAAAUUGUUUUCCCCUCAGGUUGGGGAUAUUUUUAAAAAUAAAUACUAUAAUAUAGGUAUCAAAUUAUUACCUUCCCACUUUGUGUUGAAAAUUUUUUUAUUAAAUUGAUAAAAACUUUGUUUGCAUUGUAUUCAUAAUGUUCUGUUAUACAUAACAUUAAAAUGUUCAUUAAAAUCAA